UGCACAAACGAUAUCAGUUCAAUAUCAAACUUUCGAGUAUCUCAAGAUAGCUCAAGCUAAUUCCAAAUCGCUAACAGAAAUCAAAAUGAAUUUCACUAAACUUUUUGUUGUCUUCACCAUUCUUAUCGUUGCUUUUGCUGGCCAAAGUGAAGCUGGCUGGUGGAAGAAAGUCUUCAAGCCUGUGGAGAAACUUGGUCAGCGAGUUCGUGAUGCUGGAAUUCAAGGAAUCGCAAUUGCCCAACAAGGAGCCAAUGUUUUGGCUACGGUUCGAGGUGGACCACCACAAUAAUUGCCAUCAAAGAAGAG